GCGCGUGUUAGGAUUCGGCUGAACACGUGGGUGUGUUUAGUUUAUUUUAUAGUAACAUAAUCCACGUUUUGUACACAGAUGCAGCAGACAUCAAUGGGGAAAAGCUACACGUCUAUUUGGAUUUACCGUGUAGAAUGAUUUUUGUUUUGUCUGUUUAACUACAAAUGACCAUCAGAACACUUUCUUGAUGAGAACGAAGUAACAGAUGACAGCAGAGUGAUCAGCCAGCACACACUAGGCUCUGCAGACCUUUCUGUCAAUCAAAAGGUCUAACUGGAGCAGAGUGACGCCUGUUGCGUCCCUCUCUAAACAGUCCCCACCAUUUUCUUCUUGUGUUGGUCUCCGUGAGCGUUUCAAAACUGUUUCUCCAACGCUUCUUCCAGAAACUCAGACUGUUUUCCAAAGCAGAAGCAGCACAGCCCUCCCAGACAGAGGUGAUGGGAAGUGUGCGGGCUAACCGCUACAGCAUUGUGUCAUCAGAGGAGGACGGGAUGAAGCUGGCCACUAUGGCGGUGCACAACGGCUAUGGGAACGGAAAGAGUAAGGUGCACACUCGGCAUCAGCCCCAGAGCAGGUUUGUCAAGAAGGAUGGACACUGCAAUGUACAGUUCAUCAAUGUCAGUGAGAAGGGUCAGCGUUAUUUGGCUGAUAUUUUUACUACUUGUGUGGACAUUCGCUGGCGCUGGAUGAUCGUCAUCUUCUGCUUGGCAUUCCUGCUGUCGUGGCUGUUCUUCGGAUGUAUCUUCUGGCUGGUGGCAAUCUUUCAUGGAGACCUGGAAGGCAACAGUCCAAAAUGUGUAUCGAAUGUGAGCAGCUUUACUGCAGCAUUUCUUUUCUCCAUCGAGACACAAACCACCAUUGGCUAUGGCUAUCGCUAUGUGACCGACGAGUGUCCCAUUGCUGUCUUCAUGGUGGUCUUUCAGAGCAUCGUGGGCUGCAUCAUUGAUGCUUUCAUAAUCGGGGCAGUCAUGGCCAAAAUGGCCAAGCCUAAAAAGCGAAACGAGACACUGGUGUUCAGUCACAAUGCUACCGUGGCCAUGAGAGACAGCAAGCUGUGUCUAAUGUGGAGGGUUGGCAACUUACGCAAGAGCCAUCUGGUAGAGGCUCAUGUUCGGGCUCAGCUCCUUAGAUCUCGUACUACAGCAGAGGGGGAAUACAUCCCGCUGGACCAAAUAGACAUUGAUGUGGGCUUUGAUAGUGGCAUUGACCGUAUCUUUUUGGUUUCGCCAAUAACCAUUGUCCACGAGAUUGACGAGGACAGCCCUUUUUAUGACAUGAGCAAGCAGGAGCUAGACAGUUCAGAGUUUGAGAUUGUGGUGAUCUUAGAAGGCAUGGUGGAAGCAACAGCCAUGACAACUCAGUGCCGUAGCUCAUAUCUGGCCAGUGAGGUCCUCUGGGGACACCGCUUCGAGCCAGUCUUGUUUGAGGAGAAGAACUACUACAAAGUGGACUAUUCACGCUUUCACAAGACCUACGAGGUGCCCAGCACCCCGCUGUGUAGUGCCAGGGACCUUGCAGAGAAAAAAUACAUCCUUUCCAAUUCCAAUUCCUUCUGUUACGAGAAUGAGGUGGUGCUUCCAAACAAAGAGGAGAAGGAGGAAGAAGAUGGGGGUGGACUGGUGCCCACGAGCACACAUACUGACACUGGCUCAGACUCUGACCACAAUCAAGCCAGUGUUCCCCUAGAGUCACGGCCGCUGAGGCGAGAAUCCGAAAUAUGACUGGAUAGGCUUCCUGUGAUAAGACCAGUAAUUGCCUGUUGGGCAAAUAGGCACAUCGCGCUGAACUCGGGUCCUGGAGGGAUGCAGACUUAAGCUGACGGUACAGCUUCAAGGAGGAGUUAAGAGAUGAACUGAUUAAGAGUGUUCAUGAUGAAUAUAUCCAGUUUAUAAAGAGGCAUUGCACUGAAAAUUAGUGCACAUAAAGGGGUGGGUGGGUUUAUCCAGUUAUGCAACACUACCUUUUAGACCAUUGCUCUUCGAUGGCACACAGUGGAGAGGAUGUAACUGCUAUGUAAAACUUGAAAAUAUCGGGCAUGUCUUCCUGCGCAUUUGUCCAGAGGCGGCAGAUUGAUACGAAUAGGCUAAAAAAAAGUGUUUUAGUAAAGCGUGAAUGAAAACAACUCUUACUGACGAUAACGUGUGCAUGUUUACCUUUAAUUUAUGCCUUGUAUUACAUACCCAAGCAUCGCUGAUGUAGAAAAUCUUUACUUGCCAGAUAGGGCAGUAAUCUAACGAAAGCUUUACACCUGUUCAGUACAGACAGAUGUAAGUAUAGAUAAAUUCCUCUGUUUAUAGGGACCUAUCAUGUUGUAUAAAUAUACAGAAGUCUAAUUUUUAACAUAAAAACGAUAAACAUUGGUUAAUCUAUUAUUUAACGUGUUACCAUUUGUACCACCUGUCCUGUUAUUAGCAUGAUCUCAAAGGCCUCGGUUGGUGUCCGAGGUAUCCUUGAAACGGUCCUGUUGGGGACUUCUGAUUUAGGGGUGUGUGUAUGUGUGAGACCUGUAGCCACAAUACAAACAGUUUACUUGCUAUUAAUGUAACGAGUAGUUUGCUCUGCAUGGGUCAUUUGGGCUUAAUUGCAGGCUUGGCAGCAGGUUUAGGAGCUGGGGGAAAUGCAAGGAACAUGCCUGUUUACAGUGGUAAUUCCCACAAGGUCAGACCGGUGUCAAAACCAGACAAAGCAGUCAUCCCAUCCACUGGGGAAGAGAGGGUGAGAAUGCGCUAAUGAAUGUUUUUCCAUACAUGCUGCUAUGUUGCAACUUAUAAUAGGGUUCUGGAGAAGACUGAAAUAUUUUAGAGUAUUCUAACCAAGGCAUCAAAUUAUUUUAAAGAUAUUAGACAUGGGUCUACAGGACAAAAAAAUAUUUUGGUGGGAUUUUGGUUUUGUUUGUUUUUCAGUACACAUGCUUGUUUUAUCAGAUAUUUUUUUUCAUAUUCAAAGCCAAAUGUUUUUUUAAAGAGCGAUAUCACAGAGAUCAUGAGAAAAAAGAAGGCUACAGGGUAGUCUCUUGAGAAGUCUUUAUCCCCUAAACAGUGUUAUAUAUUAUAUUAUAUUAUACUAUAUGAUAUUAUAUUAUUAUUAGUUCUGCCUAAGUGUUCCAAGGUUGCUAGAAAUGUGUAGAUUUGCAUACAAGCAACUCGUAUGAAUUAAAAAUAUAUUUUUUUACGACAAAACCUAAAUGUUCAAUGUGUAAAACUGCACUGUAUUGUAUGGCCUUGAGAUUUAAGGUAGCUAAUCUUUGUAGAAUUGGAUAUGAAACAGCACUGUUCUGGUUCUUACCCCUCCGAUUUUUUGGUAUUUUUUAUUUUUUUUUUAAAUUUCAUGACGUUCGAGAGCACUAAGGUCUAUCUUUACCUGACAAACUACAGUUCAACCCGAACGGCUCAUUUUCCACAUGCGCCAAGUGGUUGAAACCUGUACGACUGAGUAAUUAGACCAUGAUCAAUUCACCAGCACUGAGCUCAGGACGGAACAUAACCUGAGCUGUCACGUUAUCAGCCGAAAUCAUGCUAAUGAAACCAGCCUCUCUAUAUGUCAGGAAGUUUUAAUUGUAGAGCAAAUGUUCUCCAAUGCUCUCUAAAUGGAGAUAAUAAUAUUCAGAUCAACAAAUGAUUGCUUUAUUUUAAGUGUUGCAUUCAAAAAGCAUACAAAUUAACAUGUGGUAUCUGCUUUUGUGUUUGCUUUGCGCUAGGUGUUUUUUUUUUUUUUUUGUUUUUUUUUUCCCCAUUUGAUUUCUGUGCAUUUAUCUGAAAAACCAACACUAGGUUAUUAGCCACAAUCUAUAAACCUGAAGAAUGCUGACCUAUCAAACUGAAAAGCCCUCCUCAAUGACCGAUGGCCUCGUGCAUUUUAUUGAUGGUUUGUAAAUAUGCCAGUACUUUUUUGCAGUCUUUUUUUUUUU